AUGGCUCUCUUCUACCACCGUGCGGUGGACCUGCUGUCCGACGAUCCCUUCGACCAUGUGGAGGUCGUCCAGUGGCCGUCUCCCGCCCAGUAUGAGCACGCUGCCCCCACCGAGAUCGACGACGAUAUUCUUGCAACUGCGGCGCAGACCCAGAUUGUAAGCAAAGAAAAGGCUCAGUGGUGCAGGGUUCGGAUUAUUCUUCCAACAAAUCCGCCUCCCACCAUUGAGCGUAUCGAGUCCACAUGGAGACAGAUCAGCUACCACCACUCUUGCCUCAGGACCGUUCUCCGCACGGACCCCAAGACUGGAAAGGUGUACCACAGGGUCCUCCGACGCAUAUCCGACAUCAAGUGGAAAGGGCGCAGGUCGUCCGCUUCCACGACAUCGUCUUCUCAAGUCAGCGACAUCUCGGAUGAUGACCUUGCCCACCUCACGGUGGAAGAAGCCCCCGGAGCCGGAUACCAUGUGUACCUGCACGUUCGCCGGGCGUUGGUUGACAGCACCUCGCUCGGAGUUAUCAAGGUCAACUUUGACCUGCUCUACUGCGGGACCAAGGAUGUCGAGGCCUCUCACAAGUUCUGGGCGGAUGCUCUCGAGAACGCCAGCACGAGCAACGCGGUCCGCCCGGUCGAAGCUGUGGACGGAAGUCUUGAGUUUGCCCAGCGCUCGGCAAUCUCAGCGGAGCUGAACGAGUCGAUGCUGUACAACAUUUCCGUCGUGGAAUUGGAGUACGGCAUCCCUCGCCGCGUUCUGUUUGAGACGCUUUGGGCCAUCGUUCUCCAGCACCACACCGGCUCUGACGAAGUCAUUUUCGGAAGUGUCGGCCGUGACAUGGGCUUCUUUGGUGCCGACUCCUGCAUCGGCUGCCUCGACCAGACCUACCCGAUCCGCCUCAGCAUUUCCGGUGAUGUCAACUACAUCGGCUACCACGAGAUUCAGCGCCACAUCCACGGAAAUGCCGUUGAGACUGUAGUCAACUACACUCCCAGUCUGAACUCGCCGUCUACCGCUGGACAGCUUACCUGCUUCCCCCUGGCCCUCUCGAUCAACGGAACCAGGCCGCUGAAGCUCACUCUCUGCCACACCCCCAGCAUCGUGGCUGGCGAGGCCGAGUUGCUUCUCUCCCACUUCAUUGUUUCCCUCCGCAGCGCUUUGCAAAAAUUCUACCUCCCCCACUCCCUUGUCGGAAACAUUGAGAUUGACUCGGACGAGGAGAGAACUGCUAUCGUCAAGGGAAACCGUUCGACGAAGGAGGAGCACCCCAGCACGAUUCCCCGCCUGUUCGAGGAGACGGCAGCAGAGCGUGCGGACACCAUUGCCCUCGAGGAUGAACACCACAACAAGCUGACGUUCGCUGAGCUCAACAAGCUUGCGAACAAGGUGGCGAGGCACUUGCAGUUGGGCAAGGGGGACAUCAUUCCCGUCUGCAUGGACCGUUCGAUUGAACUCAUCGUGUCCCUCUUUGCAAUCCUGAAGUCGGGAGCUGCCUACACCAUCUUGGAUCCCGAGGGUCCCAAGGAGCGCAAUCUCCAGAUUGUUGAAGAUUCCAAGGCCAGGAUUGUACUGACGCAGAGAAAGGACGCCGACAAGCCCAUCGACGACUCCGACCUGAACCUCGACAUCCGCACCCACGACAAGUGCUACAUCGUGUACACGUCGGGCUCGGCCGGCAAGCCCAAGGGCGUGGUCCUGACGCACGGCGCCGCGACCAACGGCAUGGCCUACCACAAGCUCAACGACAAGACGCGCUGGCUCCUCUUCUACAACCCGACCUUCUCGGCGGCCCAGCGCACCAUGCUCUCGACCCUCGUCCACGGCGGCACCCUCCUGAUCGUCAACAAGAGGACCCUCGAAACCUCGCUCGUCGCCACGCUCAACGACCUCCGCGUCGAAGCCCUCGGCAUCACGCCCUCGGCCCUCACGCUGCUCCACCCCUCGGACGUCCCGCACCUCAAGCAAAUCACCCUCGUCGGCGAGCGCAUCCCACAGACGCUCGUCUCGCAGUGGGCGGACCACGUCGAGCUGCGCAACACCAACCCGCGCGUCAUCGGGCGCCCCGCCGACACGACGAGCGCGUACGUGCUCAAGCCCGGCUCGACGGACCUCGCGCCGCGCGGCGUCAUCGGCGAGAUGUGCCUGGCGGGCCCGCAGCUGGGCAGCGGGUACCUGAACGAGUUCGAGCGCACCGCCCGCGCCUUCAUCGACAACCCGUUCGGCAAGGGCAAGCUGUACCGCACGGGCGACUCGGCCAAGAUGCUGCAUGACGGCCAGUUCGAGAUCUUCGGCCGGAUUGAUUUCCAGGCGAAGAUCAAUGGCCAGAAGGUGCAGCCGGCGGAGGUGGAUCGUGUGCUGAUCAGGCAUGAUGCGGUUGAGGCGUCGAUUACCACGGCGGCUGAGAUUGCGGGCCGCACGGUGCUGGUUGCGGGACUGGUGCUUGAGGGGGGUGUGGAGUGGAAGAGCGCGGUGCAGGACGUCAGGGCCCAUGCGGAGCAGUACUUGCCGGGCUACAUGGUGCCGUCGUUCUGGAUGCCGUUGGACGAUAUCCCCACCAACAUCAACGGGAAGACGGAUGUGAGGGGCUUUCGAGCCAAGGCUGAGAGUCUGGGUGUCGAGGGCUUCUUGAAGCUCAUGGCUGGUGGUGCUGCCGAAGCCCUGACCGACAAGACGCAGAUCCAGAUCGCUGAGGUGUGGGCUGAAGUUCUGGGUUUGGAUAUCAAGACGAUUGGUAAGGAGCACUCGUUCCUCCUGCUGGGUGGAAGCUCUAUCCAGGCCAUCAGGGCGCUUGCCGAACUGAGGAAGAUUGGAUUCGAGACGGAUAUGGCUUCGCUGCUGAGCGAGACUUCGCUGGAAGAGGCUGCUUCGACUUACAUCAGGCUGGCUGCCGAUGCGGAUGCUGAUCCAGAGCCAUUCGAACUGAUCAAGGAUGUCAAGCUUCGCGAGUCCUUCAAGCUCCAGCCCGCCGUUCUGGACGCCUACCCGGCCACCCCGCUCCAGCAAGACUUGCUGCCCUCUCUGGAAAUGGACGAAGACCACUACUCGUACCAGCGCGUCUGGGAUCUCUCCAACCUCGACCUUGACAAGCUGAAGGCAAGCUUUCAGUCUGUGUUUGAGAAGAGCGACAUCCUGCGCACCUCGUUCGAGCCUAACGGACGAAGCAUCAUCCAGAAGGUUCGCACCGACAUGUCGCUUCCGUGGGUGGAGAGCUCCCUCAGCCUUGACCAGUACCUGAAGCACGACAAGGACAACAGGUUCAAGAUGGAGGGUCCGUUAUUCAGAGUCGGUGUUCUUUCCAAGUCGAUCCUGGUCGUUACCAUGCACCACUCUCUGUUCGAUUUCUGGUCGUACACAUUCCUGUACCAAGAUGUGGCUGCAACUUAUCUUGGCAAGACUCCGGCUCCCAGACCUGCUUUUAGCCGCUUCGUCCGCUACUUGACAGCCCAGGAUGCCAGUGUUCACCGCCGCUGGUGGAGGGAUUACCUGAAGAGGGCUGAGCCAACGCUGCUGAAUACCGCUCCGGUUGCCAACAUCACGAAAUUGAGCAAGACACUCCCCGGUACCAUCCAGGAUCUCGCACACCCGUUGGGCCUCACGGCUGGUGCGGUAAUGUACGCUGCCUGGGCCAUUGUGUUGAACAAGCACCUGAACAGCCACGAUGUGACCUUCAUGACAUCGCUGUCUGGUAGGGAUGUUCCUGUCGGCGGCAUCCAAACAAUGGACGGACCAACCUUGACCAUUGUGCCGCAGAGGAUUACUCUGGAUCCCGAGCAGCCUGUCUCAGAGCUGGCCAAGAAGACCAGCAGCGGCCUUUUGGAACUUGCUCGCCACGCCCAGUUCGGAAUGCGUAACGGCAUGAAGGCUGCCAACAUGAAAACGGACUCGGUCGAUACCUUCUUGAACAUCCUGGUCAAGACGGAAGACGAUGGCACAACCGGCAGUGUUUUCAAGCGUUAUGGACCUCGGCCUCACUGGGGUCUCUACUGGACGACGAUGGAGGUCGAAGAGGCGCCCACAGAGACGGCCUUCCGCAUUGCUGGCCUGAUGGAGGAGCGUCGCCUGAAGUUCAUCAUGGACGCCUUCAUCGAGACGGUCUACUCGAUCGUCAACAACCCCACCCAGACCAUCGCCGAGAUCAGCAUCCUCAGCAGCUCCGAGUCUAGCUUCCUCAACAACGAGCUCUCCAACCGCGCCACCCUCCACCGCCCCUCGCCGUCCCUCCUCCACGCCCGCUUCGAGCAGCACGCCGCCGAGAGCCCCUCGGCCAUCGCCAUCGACUGGCAGGGCACCGAGCGCGUCACCUACGCCGAGCUGAACGGCUGGGCCAACCAGCUCGCGCACUACCUGAUCGCGCACGGCACGCGCGUCGGCGACCGCAUCCCGCUCAUCCUCGACAAGUCGAUCGACACGAUGGUCGCGCUGCUCGGCGUCAUGAAGGCCGGUGCCGCCUACGUGCCCAUGAGCCCGGACAACCCCGUCGAGCGCAACCUCUUCAUCACCGCCGACGUCGGCGCCAAGACGCUCGUCAUGCACCGCGCGCACGCUGCCUUCAACACGCACCACAGCCUCCCCGCCGUCUUCAUCGACGACAUCCGCUCCGAGCUCGCGGCCCUCCCGACCACCGCCCCGGCCAUCACCAUCCCGGCGGAUUCUCUCGCCUACAUCAUCUACACCUCCGGCAGCACGGGUCUCCCCAAGGGCGUGCAGCUGCCGCACCGCGCCGCCGCCGCCGCCGUGACCAGCAUGGAGGUGGCGGAGAGCCGUGGUGAGGGCGAGUGGCGCACGCUGCAGUUCGCCAACUACGUCUUCGACGCGUCGGUGCAGGACUUCUUCAACACGCUGUCGACGCGCGGCACGCUGUGCAUGGCGCCGACCGAGAGCCUGCUGUCGGAUCUGGCGGGCAUGAUCAACAAGAUGGCCGUCAAGCAGGCCAUCCUGACGCCCACCGUCGCGAAGCUGCUGAAGCCGGAGGAGGUGCCGACGUUUGAGACGCUGAUCGUUGGCGGCGAGCCGCUGACGCUGGAUGUGGUCGAGUCGUGGAAGGGGGCCGGGAGGAAGAUUCUGAAUGUUUAUGGGCCGACCGAGACGAGUAUGGUCGUGACGACGAAGGAUGUGCAGCUCGGCGGCCGCAUCGGUAACAUUGGCUCCCCCUUCCCGACGGUUAUGGCGUUCAUCGUAGAGCCUGAUGGAAGUGGCCUUGUUCCUUAUGGUGCCGUGGGCGAGCUGUGCAUUGCCGGUCCCCAGGUGAGCGACGGCUAUGUUAACAGGAGCGACCUCACGCAGGCUAGCUUUGUCAAGAAUGAGAAGCUGAAUGUGGACAAACUUUACCGCACCGGUGACCUUGCCCGCUGGCUGCCAGGCGGCGAGAUUGAGUGUCUCGGCCGCAAGGACAACCAGGUCAAGAUUCACGGACACCGCAUUGAGCUCGGCGAGGUCGAAGCUGCUGUGCUGAAGACUGGCGUGGUCCAGAACGGCGUCGUCAUUCUCGCCAAUGUUAACGACAAGCCCCAGCUCGUUGCCUUCUGCAUCUUCGACUCCACCGACGUCGUCGAAGUCCAGCCCGCCGCGGAUCACAUCGACAACUUCGCCAGCUUCAGGGAGAACCUCACCGGUCUGACUCCUUACAUGAUCCCCAAGAUCGUCAUUCCCAUGGGAGAGUUCCCCAAGCUGCCUUCCCGCAAGGUUGACCGCAAGGCUCUCAAGCGCAUUGCAGAGGAGAUGGAUCAGCUCGCCAUUAGCGAGUACGCGCUUUCGGGUCCUGGUGAGAAGCACAAGGUCGUCAAGGUCGAGACUGAGCAAGAGGCAAUCCUCGAGUCUAUCUGGUCCGACAUCUUCAAGCUUCCCACGUCGGAGAUUGGAAGGGAAGCGAGCUUCUUGUCUCUUGGUGGAGACUCAAUUUCGGCCAUCAGUCUCUCCAGCAUGGCCCGCAAGGCCGGGUACAUCCUGUCGGUCACCAACAUCUUGCGAUUCCCUGACCUUGCUGCCAUGGCUUCGAAGAUGCAGGUCGAUACUGUCGAUGAUUCUAAGCCGAAGAGGGAAUUCAUUGUUCCCGAGGAGGCAAAGACCGCUGUUGUGUCCGCUGGAUUGAACUACGAGCAGGACGUGGAAUACGUUUACCCUUGCCCUCCGGGACAAGCCGAGUUUGUUGCCCAAGGACACCGCGAGGAGCAGAUGUGGGCUUUGAUGGCUGUCCGCCGCAUGCCCGCAUCCAUGAGCCCUCAGACCUGGGUCGACGCCACCACCAAGCUCACCGAGGUGAACGACAUCCUCCGCACCUCCUGGCUGCAGGUCUCCGGAUCCGAAUGGGUCGGCGUCGUCCUCAAGUCCUCCCAACUCGACGUCACCAUCGCCGACGUCGCCGACGAGGCCUCCGCAACCGCCAUCAUCGAAGACUUCUGGGCCACGCGCUUCACCUUCGGCAAGCCCAUGAUCAAAUACGCCAUCCUGCGCUACCCCGACCAAACCUUCGACCUCGCCAUCAAGCUCAACCACGCCGUCUACGACGGCACCCUCCUCCGCAUCUUCGACGACCACUUCGCCGCCAUCCUCUCCAACACGCCCUUGCCCCCCUACGAGCAAUUCAAGGACUUCGCCUUCCACAUCUACCAAUCCGACAAGCAGGCCUCCCUCGCCUACUGGAAGCAAACCAUGGCCGGCAAGGCCCACACCUACCCGCUGCUCCCGACCCCGACCCACGUCCCCCGCAUCACCGCCGCCACCCGCCUCCCGAUCCCGACCCAGCUCGACGCACUGGCCGUCGCCUGCGGCGUCACGCCCGCCAUCAUCUUCCAGGCCGCGUUCCAGCUGUGGCUGGCGCGCGCGACCGCCAACGUCGACAUCUCCUUCGACUACCUGCUCAGCGGGCGCAACGUCGCGCUCUCCAAUCCGCAGACGAUCAACGGCACGUGCGCGAACUUCUUGCCCAUGCGGCUGCAGGUCGAUAAGGCGGCGGACCUCAGGUCCUACUUGCAGGAUACGCAGGACCGGUUCUGGGCGCUGACGGAGCACGGAGAUGUCGGAUUGGACGAGAUCUACGGUGCGGUCGGGCUGGAGAGGAAGGAGGUCGGCAACAGGACGCUGUUCUUGUUUCAGCCGUUUGAGCCGGCGGUGCAGGAGGAGGCGACGAGGUGGCUUGUUAUGGCGAAGAGUAAGGUGAGGAUGUAUCAGCCGUACGGGUUGGUUGUUGAGGUGGCGAAGGCGGUGGGUGAUGGGCACAGGUUGACUGUUAUGUACGACGAUGCCAUCUACACUGCUGAGGCGGCGGGCAAGAUUGCGGAGGAUAUUGCGGGUAUUGUGACCGAGUUUAAGGAGGCGGGUGAGGAUGGGAGGAGAGUGCUGGAGGAGUUGUAG